AAGAUGGGGACGUCGCGCCAUGAACCGCGUUCGACACUUGCGUUGGUGAUGUUAGUGACAUAAACGGACCCUCGAAAGUGCACCCAUCUGAACCUAAAAUAUCAACACAAGAGCAGGAAAGAUUCAUAGCUAGGAUCAAUUCUUACCGACUCAAACUUCACGAACCAAAUCGACAAUGUCUGCAGAAAAGCGCCCAGCCUCAGACGAUCCCGGUUCCUCGCAGUUGGUCAAGAGGCAAAAUGUCGGAAGCUCGACGGCGCGAUCCGGCGGCUAUGGCGAAAGCAGCGCGCUGAUCCAGGCGGCACCACGCUUGAGCUCGCUGCAGGCACCUCUGAUGGAGCUUUCUGGACACUCGGGGGAGAUAUUCUGUGCCAAAUUCAACUCGGCGGGACAAUAUAUUGCUUCGGGAUCUAUGGACAGGAGUAUAUUACUUUGGCGUGCGAAUGGCGAUUGCGAAAACUACGGUAUCUUGAGCGGUCACCGCGGAGCUAUCCUUGACCUACAGUGGUCACGCGACUCGGACAUAAUCUUCUCGGCAUCGGCAGACAUGCAUCUUGCGAGCUGGGAUCUCACCACAGGCGAACGAAUUCGAAGAUACGUGGGCCACGAGGAGGUUAUCAACAGUCUAGAUAUCAGCAAGCGUGGCGAGGAGAUUCUCUUCAGUGGCAGCGACGAUGGUACGAUCGGCAUCUGGGAUCCGCGCAAGAAGCAUGCCGCCGACUACAUCGAAUCGGAUUUUCCCGUCACGGCAGUGGCAAUCUCUGAGGCAGGGAACGAGAUUUACUCUGGCGGCAUCGAUAACGACAUCAAGGUGUGGGACGUACGAAAGAAGGCAGUUGUUUACAACAUGGCGGGGCACAGGGACACCAUAACCACGCUCAAGGUGUCGCCCGACUCGCAGAGCCUGCUGUCAUAUGCUAUGGACUCUACGGCACGGACGUGGGAUAUUCGACCGUUUGCACCAACGGAGAGACACAUUAGAACUUUUGAUGGAGCUCCGAUGGGAAUUGAGAAGAAUCUGGUCAGGGGUGGAUGGGACAAGGAGGGCAAGAGAGUAGCCAUGGGCGCGGCUGACGGCACGGUUGUGAUAUGGAGCAACGAGACGGGGAAGUUGACCUACAAACUGCCAGGUCACAAGGCUGCUGUCAACUGCGUAGAGUUCAGCCCUGGGACGGAGCCCUUGAUCCUUUCCGGAUCCUCGGAUAAAACAUUGCUUGUUGGUGAGCUGCGAUAAACAGCUUCUAAAGCUAUGGAGACGACUUGUUGAAACAAAGCACAUAAUGUAUGCAUGGCUUUGUUUGGCGGGGCUCGGCAAAUAAUGCUAGUUUGACUUCUUGACAGGAUAUCCUGAAGGAAAAGCUCCAUUCAAGAAGGCCUCUAAUUAAUGUCCCGAUAUUCGAUGUGAUCUGGACUCCAAACUGUGGAGGCCCGGACAAGAACAUAUCGAUUAUUAGCAUUUAAUUACCAGGGCAGUUCCUAGCGAACAUUUACGCCAAUGCACGCGCACUUGCUUGAACCGAAUCCAUUGCCAAAUCCGACAGAACGGAGGGGUUCAGCGUGUACCAAGUGUGAUAUUAGACCUAGUAAUAGUGCUACCUCCCGGGAUCGACACCGAGGGUUCGUCCCAGGUUUCUCCACAGUGGUCCUAGGGCAAUUACACACACCUAAGUGGUACAUAAAAAACUAUAAAAGAUGAAGUCGGAGGUGUCGCACUAUUCAUAAAUCGCAUUGAACAUACCACCCCAAAUCCAUCUUGGCAGUCUGGACUUUGGCAA